AUGGAUUAUCCCAAAAUGGAUUAUUUUCUGGAUGUGGAGUCCGCUCAUAGACUCUUGGAUGUUGAGUCAGCUCAGAGAUUCUUCUAUAGUCAAGGAGCUCAAGCUCGCCGGGCGACCCUGCUCCUGCCUCCCACAUUAAUGGCGGCAUCUUCGGAGGAUGAUAUAGACCGGCGGCCCAUCAGAAGAGUCCGCUCCAAGAGCGACACGCCGUACCUCGCCGAAGCCAGGAUCUCCUUCAACCUAGGGGCAGCUGAGGAAGUGGAGAGACUCGCGGCCAUGCGCUCAGACUCCCUUGUCCCAGGUACCCACACCCCUCCCAUCCGGAGGAGAAGUAAGUUUGCCAACCUGGGAAGGAUCUUCAAGCCUUGGAAGUGGAGAAAGAAGAAAAGCGAGAAGUUCAAACACACAUCUGCAGCCCUGGAAAGGAAAAUAUCAAUGAGGCAAAGCAGAGAGGAGCUGAUAAAACGAGGGGUCUUGAAGGAAAUCUAUGAUAAAGAUGGGGAGCUCUCCAUAUCGAAUGAAGAUGAUUCGCUGGAAAACGGACAGUCCCUGAGUUCCAGCCAGCUGUCUCUGCCAGCCCUGUCCGAAAUGGAGCCGGUCCCCAUGCCCAGGGAUCCCUGCUCAUACGAGGUGCUCCAACCUUCAGACAUCAUGGAUGGGACAGUGUCUGAAGAGAGUCCCUCUGCCAGUGAGUCUGGAGUCCUCCUGUCCCAAGAUCCUUCAGCCAAACCAGUCCUGCUACUGCCCCCCAAAAAACCUGCUGCUUUCUCUGGAGACCAUGAGGAGACCCCAGUGAAGCAGCUGUCCCUUCUCAAGCAACCCCCCGCCCUGCCUCCCAAACCCACUGCCAGGAUUGCCAACCACUUAACAGAUCCUGGCGGCCCUGUGAAAUUGCCUUGUCUGCCCGUCAAACUGUCGCCUCCACUACCUCCAAAGAAAGUCAUGAUCUGCAUGCCUGUCGGGGGGCCAGACCUCUCCCUGGCAUCCUACGCGGCCCAGAAGAGCGGCCCGCAGAGUGGGGCCCAGCAUCACCACACGGUCCUGCCGUCCCAGAUCCAACACCAGCUGCAGUACGGCAGUCUCGGCCCGCACCUCCCCUCCACCACUGGCUCCCUCCCCAUGCACCCCUCUGGCUGCAGGAUGAUCGAGGAGCUGAACAAAACGCUGGCCAUGACCAUGCAGAGGCUGGAAAGGUAUCAUGCAGUUUUUAAGAUCCACAGAUAUACGGUCCACAGAGCCUCCCUGGCCAUGAAGGUGUGCAGGAAGGACUCCUUAGCCAUCAAACUCAGCAACAGGCCCUCCAAGCGGGAGCUCGAAGAAAAGAACAUCCUUCCCAGGCAGACGGAUGAAGAGAGACUGGAGUUGAGGCAGCAGAUCGGCACCAAGCUCACCAGGCGGCUGAGCCAGAGGCCGACGGCGGAGGAGCUGGAGCAGAGGAACAUUCUAAAACCUCGGAAUGAACAGGAAGAACAAGAGGAGAAGAGAGAGAUCAAGAGGAGGUUAACUCGAAAGCUCAGCCAAAGACCCACGGUGGAAGAACUUAGAGAAAGGAAGAUCCUCAUCCGUUUCAGCGACUACGUGGAGGUGGCUGAUGCUCAGGAUUACGACCGCAGGGCCGACAAGCCGUGGACCCGCCUCACGGCGGCCGACAAAGCUGCCAUUCGAAAGGAGCUCAAUGAAUUUAAAAGCACUGAAAUGGAAGUUCAUGAAUUGAGUAGACAUUUAACAAGACGGAACUCUCCCAUCUGCCGCCGGGUCGCAGGUGGUGUGGCAGGUGUGGCGGGGGAGAAGAAGAAGAAAAAUAAAAGGAAACAUGAUCAGGAUUCUCUGCGAAAACGCGGUGGUCACCGCUCGGCGGUCAGAGCCACGGCACCACUGCGGAUACCGACACCGGUGGGCCGGACGGAAGACUCCCCGGCGCUCAGAGCGGGCCCCGGCCUCUCCAGCCAGGCCUGGCAGGCCAACCUCCUUUAG